CACAGAAACAAUCAAAACUCCGAACCACUUGGAUGCUGUAAGCGGAGGAAGAAUAGGAGCGCCAAUGGACGAGUUCACCAACGCAGUGAAGCGAAGAGAAGCGGACGCCACUGCUUCCUUAAUCAGAAGCGCUCCUAUUAAUAUAACCUUACUGGAGAGUGCGGUCGGUCUGUUGUUAUCAAGCCCCAAACAAUUCGCAUUUACGAUACAGUACGAGGAUUGAUGUUGUUGGUUUGUGAGCUCGAGCGGCCCCACUAAGGCCUGUUUGUUUGUUGUAGCGUUGGACUGUUGUCAGUGAGUGAGUGACGGUUCACGUUGUAAGUGAGUGAGUGAUUUGUUCGCGUUAGUGAGUGUGAAAUGGCCAGCGAAAUCGUGGGCGGCAUCGAGGGGGGCGCGUCCAACUCGACAGUGGUGCUGCUGAACCCCCAGGGGCAGGUGGUGGCCACUGCCAAAGGGGCGGGCACCAACCACUACCUGAUCGGCAUGGAGGAAUGUCGCACGAGAAUCGCCGAGCUGGUCAAUCGGGCCAAGCAGCAGGCGGGCAUCGCCCUGGACAGUCCGAUUGCCGCCCUCGGCCUCUCCCUCAGCGGCUGCCAGCUGGAGGAGUCCAAUCAGCAGCUCGUGCAAGGGCUGAUUGAGGCCCACCCGCAACUGGCGCGCCGAUACGCCGUCGGCUCCGACACUGAUGGCUCGAUUGCCACCAUCAGCAACAAGGGCGGUGUCGUCUGCAUCGCUGGAACCGGCUCGAACACGCUCCUCAUCAACCCCGAUGGCCAGAAAGUGCAGUGCGGCGGAUGGGGGUAUUUGCUGGGGGACGAGGGGAGUGCCUGGCACAUCAGCUGGCAGGCGGUCAAGUACUGCUUCAAUGACAUGGACAAGUUCGAAGCGCCGCCCCACCCCAGUGGGCGUCUCUGGGGGCUCGUCCAGCAGUUCUUCCAGAUCCGCAGCCAGGCGGACAUUCUGGACUCGUUUUACAAGAACUUUGAUAAGUCGCGGAUCGCGCUUCUGUGCAAAAGUGUGGCGCAAGUGGCGCGUGAGGGCGACCUGCUGGCGCGGCACAUCUUCAAGCAGGCGGGCGCCGACCUCGCGAAGGGCAUCGCGGCAGUGGCGCGCCAAGCCGCCCAAGAGCUGACAGAGCAAGAGGGCGGCCUGCAGGUGAUCUGCGUGGGCUCGGUGUGGCUCAGCUGGGAUCUGCUGCAGGGCGGCUUCAACGCCUACCUGCAGGAGCGCACCGACCUUCAGCGGCUCACGCUGCUCAGACUGAGCACCGAGAUGGGAGUGGGGGCCGCUCUGAUGGCUUCUGAUCGGCUCCAUCUGCCAGUCGAGCGCGACUACGCGAAGAACUACAAGGUGUUUGCGGCGUUUUGCAGGUGCGAUUCGACGUGACCGCGGAACGACGUGGCUGGCCUUGGAAUCGACUACUAAUAAGGACUUGCAUGGCUUGGAUUGAUUGCCAACUGAUUUUUUAAAAUUAUAUUCGAUUUUUUUC